UUUUUAUUGUAAGACUCUACUACUCCUCUUUAUUUCUCCUAAAGGCAAUUGCCUCCCAUUUUUAUGUGUUUCUCUCCUAUACAAAGUCACAAAAAAAACCUUUCUUCACACACAACUAUACUUCCCUUUCUAUUUUCUCGAAUAUAUUUUUCAUUUUCUAGUCUCAAUCCCCAUGACUGCCACCACAACAAAACACUCACUCUUUUCGUCUUUUUUUCCUUUUGUGGUUAUUACUAGACCCCCUUUUUUGUGGGGUAGAUGUGUGUAUAUAUUUCAAACUAUUUUUUUUUCAAAACGUUUUUUCCCUUUAAUUUUCCUUCUUUUUAUUGAUAAAAUGGAUGAACUUUCAUUAAAUGUUUAA